AUGUUUCUAACAUUUUCAAGAAAAAAUAUGUCCCAAAAACUGAGCAUGUUUUUACUGGUUUUUGGCAUCAUCUGGGGUUUGAUGUUGCUACGCUACACUUUUCAGUACCCAAGACGCCAAAGUAGCGCAGAGUUGCGUGGACAGAUACUAGAUCUAAGCAAAAGAUACGUCAAAGCACUGGCAGAAGAAAAUAAGAACUUAAUGAAUGGUGGCGGUGGAGCCUCUAUGGCAGGAUAUG